AUGGAGAGCCUUCUGCAGAUGCAUGGGAAGAAGAUGGUGACCAUGGACGACGUCAGAGGACGAGGCGGUGGGGAAAACUUCGUCGUAGAGGGUUUGAGAGGGUUCCUGGUCACCCUCAGCAGCUUCUUGCAGAAGCUCGAGCAGAUGCUACCGCCGGAGAACCGAGCGAGCGGCCCGCCGGAAGACACCGAAUGGAUCUUCCGUCACUUCUCCAUCUUCCUCGUGGCCAUCACCCUGGUGGCUCUCAUCUACUACGUCUUCUUCAAGGGUGGUGAGCGGGGAAUGAACGGCGGCUGGAAAGCGACCAAGAUGAUGAUGCCGCCACGAAGUGGGCCGCCGACGCUGUACGAGCACGAGCUGAUUGUGGCCGCAAUCAGCCUGCUCCUCCUCAUCAUCCUCUCCCUGGGUGGCCUCUACUACUACUACUGCUACCAGGCGGGCUGCUUCGGAGACGGUGGCCACCCCGCCAUGCUGAUGAAUGCCGCUGGGAGGAAGACCAGAAUUAUGAGUAGGUAG